CCCUCCUUCGGUUUUCACCUUUUUUCGCCGUCGCUCCGUCCUCCUCUCCCCCGUCCCCUCUUCCCCGCAUCUGCUGACUCUUCUUCGCCAUGGCCGAUAUCCGCCGCAAACUCGUUAUCGUUGGUGAUGGUGCCUGUGGCAAGACCUGCCUCCUGAUUGUCUAUUCGAGAAACGUUUUCCCUGAGGUCUACGUCCCCACCGUCUUCGAAAACUACGUUGCCGAUGUUGAAGUCGACGGCAAGAGAGUCGAGCUCGCUCUCUGGGAUACCGCCGGCCAGGAGGACUACGACCGUCUCCGCCCCCUGUCGUACCCCGACUCGCACGUCAUCCUGAUCUGCUUCUCCAUCGACUCGCCCGACUCGCUCGAUAACGUCACCGAGAAGUGGAUCUCCGAAGUUAUCCAUUUCUGCCCUGGUUUGCCCAUCAUCCUGGUCGGCUGCAAGAAGGACGUCCGCAACAACCCCAAGGUCAUCGAGGAGCUCCGAAAGUCCAACCAGGCCCCCAUCCCCUACGAGAAGGGUGCUGAGGUUGCCAGAAAGAUCAACGCCUACAAGUACCUGGAGUGCAGUGCCUUGACACAGGAGGGUGUUAAGGAUGUCUUCCUGCACGCCACCCGCGCUGCUCUGGGCGGUGGCGGCAAGACCGGCGGCAACCCCAACAGCGGUAACAAAAGGAAGCAGGAGAACAAGUGCGAACUUUUGUAAACUCGAGCGGCCUUGUGAAUGUCCAGCUUGGGUUCGUAUCUCGGUUCUGUCUGGCACUCUGGCUGCGAUGCUCUGACGUGCGUGCCCAUUCCCUGACAGAAGAUAAGGUAGUCCCGUUCCGAUUCACGAAUCAGCAACCCUCCGUCUUCCUGCACACUCUUCAGACACGCAAUACGGCUGCAUGACGCUCCCUUCCACACUGCUUGCUCCAUCCUCCUCCU